CUCCUGCGCAACACCCGCAAAACCGCCAAAACUGCCCUGCAAGCCCUGCACUGGAGCCCUGUCCGCCCGUUCUCCUUUCGUCUCAACGCCGCGCAUCAAGGCCAAUCCCUCCAACCCCCGUCGCGAAUCCCCAUCUCCAUCUCAUCCCCAGCACCUGGCACCAAGCAGCAAAAGCAGGGCCCCUCCCCGACCCGCUUUUGGCUUCUGCCCGUGGCUCGCCCAUCCUCCGCACCAGAGCCAUCCCUGGGUCUGGCUACAUUCCACCGAGCACCAUCGCAUCCAUUCUUCGACCACACAAGUCCAAAACACCGCCAUUCACUUUACUACUUCUUAGCAGAGCAGCCUCCUCGACUCUUCCCCCGUUAACUCGCAAACUCGCAAACUCGCCUCACCCUCUGCCUCGUCCUGCCGACCUGCUUUACCUUGCCUAGCCUAACCUAACCUAACCUGGCCAUUCCUCCUCCUCCCGAAUACCUACGGUAGCUUUAACUACCUACCUACCCACAACUCCGGAUACCAAGACAAUCAGAUAGUUUCGAGCGAGCGAGCGACCGCCCACCCACCGUCCCGUCUUCCGUACACACACAUAUGACCGACGACGGCCGCAACAGCACCUAUUCGCUGGCCGCCGGAAUCCGGUGCAUAAACGACAGCACAGGCUGCCCCCGUCCCCGCGCAACCCGAGAGAGCUUGUGAGGGAGAGAGGACGUGUAUCGGCGGGCUAGAGAAGCCAAUUAAUAACGUGCGCUCAACCUCUCUGGUGUCUACUGCGACUUUCUUAUCGAGAUACCCACGGUGUAUAUCCAUGAUCUAUAGACGGCGCACAUAGCCUUUUGCGUUUUUCUCUCGGCAUCCUCUGCUGCUGCAUCACUUCUACUGCAUUCGAGGCUAUCGGCAACAGCCCACUAUCCUUUCGGACCCCCAAUCGCUCGAGUGCCACGGACCUGUGUGGGCAGGCUUCCACUCGUUUGCGCCCCGUAUAAAGGCGCCGACUUCCCCGCAGCCACCACGACGGCUCCACGACCGUCAAGCUUCCCUUAUCACGGGCGGAUCCUGUAUUCACUGGGAAUACGGCUCUUCUGCGAAUCCAUAAAAGCCAUCUCCACCUCUCUUACCCUGAGGUUGCAAUGACGUCUUCUAGCACACAGCGAUCCACCAACGGCACAACCAUGGCAGGCACGACUCGACCAAGCAGGUUCCCGAACCUUGCCCCAAGCUCCACAGGCAACGGCGCAAACGGUAUUGAGAAGAGCUCCCAGCCCAUCACAAACACAUUCCCGGCGCCAAAUACCUGGGGAAGCGGCACCAGCAUCUGGUCCAACACCAACACCAUUGGCAACAGCUUUGUGAAGAGCAGGGAGGCUGUGGGCGCCAGAGAUUCUAACGACGGAUUUGCUACCCCCUCGGGGUCCGGUGCGCUGGCAUCCGCAUCGGAAAUCGAUCCAUGGGGCAGGCCCGGAGGCCCUUGGAACUCAAACGAUAACUCCCAGAACCGCAACGUGUCCGGUCAGACAUCUCCGAACCGAACACGCUCAGAGGUCCAGCUUCAUGACAUGUCAGGCAGCAUCCCUUACUAUUCGGGGUCACAGACAAUGACACAACGUGCCUUGGGUGGCUCAAAGGAUGCCAAGAAUGGCUUUCCCAAGUAUACGUCUCAGUAUGCUGACUUCACUGAUGACAAGGACAACUCUUUCAGCAACCUGAAUGGCGAACCUGAACAGCCUGUCGGCAGGUACCCAGCUUCCCGAUCUAUGCAAGACCAGUCAUUCUUGGGAAAUGGGCACUCGCGGGAUCACCUUUCCACUUCUGGCCAGUCAGACAAUGAUUUGCACGGCCAGGGGGCCCCGUAUGCCGACUAUCCCUUCGGCACACCUCACACUUCGAUUCACUCCCAACGUCCCUCUUUGAACGGGCCAACCGGGUCCUUCCAUGGCCAGAACCCAAGAAGUUACGACCACAACAACAUGGGGCAGCAAAUUCCCGAUGAUGAUCUCCCAGAGCGGUUGGGACGCAUGGCCAUUGGUUCUGGUCUCAAUGGAGGCUCCAACGCUUUGGGAAAUCUGCAGUCAUUCGGUAACGGCUCGCAGGAUUUCCAGCUUAAUCCAGGCUCCCAGCCAUGGGAUCAUGGUCAAGGGUACCAGGCUGGACACUCGCGGGAUAGCUACUCCAACAGCAUCUCCCUGGACAGGCGGGGCUCUGGAGUUGAUCACAGCUCGCCUGCCGGUAGCACGUACCGUGCUGGUGCGACUGGCGUGGGGUUGAACAGCCCACGAAGCUUCACACCCGCCAUCGAUUCAUGGUCAAGACCGGUGUCACGCGACCUUCGAUCGGGGCCUGAAGCGGACCGGCGCAGCUUGUCCCAUUUCCCACCGCAGUCACCCUACUACCAGAAUGGGUAUUACAACUUCCCACAGUACGCACCAGGCCCCUAUGACGCUGUCUAUGGCAGACAGCCAAUGCAGUUUCCGGGAUACCCACUUCCACAGUAUCCAUUUGCUCACAACGGCGUGCCGCCGGUUCGUCCAAGCAGUGACCGGGACCCGGCCAGGGGAGUGCGGAGCUUGAAGCUGGAGGAGUUCAAGACUGGGAACAAGUCCAGCAAGCGAUUCGAGCUCAAGGACAUCUAUGGCUUCAUUGUGGAGUUCAGUGGUGACCAGCACGGCUCUCGCUUCAUCCAGAACAAGCUUGAGACGGCCAACAGUGAUGACAAGAAUCAGGUCUUCCAUGAGAUUGAGCCCAAUGCCAUCGUGCUGAUGAAGGAUCUGUUUGGCAACUAUGUCAUCCAAAAGUUCUUUGAGCAUGGGAAUCAAGCCCAGAAGCAAGUGCUUGCUGCAGCCAUGAAGGGCAAGGUUGUUGAACUCUCGAUGCAGAUGUACGCCUGCCGAGUUGUUCAGAAGGCUCUUUCGCACGUGCUCGUUGAGCAACAGGCUGAGUUGGUCAAGGAACUCGAGCCCGAGAUUCUCACAAUCGUGAAGGACCAGAACGGAAACCACGUCAUCCAGAAGAUCAUUCAGACAGUGCCUCGGCAACACAUUGGUUUCAUUUUCGAUUGCUUCAGGGGACGUGUCAGCGAACUGUCGUCACAUGCGUAUGGGUGCCGUGUGAUCCAGCGUGCUCUUGAGCAUGGGAACGAGGCAGACAAGCAGUCCAUCAUGAAGGAGCUGCACAGCUGCGCCCAGAUGCUGAUCAUGGACCAGUAUGGCAACUAUGUGACGCAGCAUGUCAUCACGGAUGGCUCUCCCGAUGACCGUUCCAAGAUGGUUGCCCUCGUCAUGUCUCAGCUGCCCAUCUUCUCCAAGCACAAGUUCGCCUCCAACGUCGUGGAGAAGUGCAUCAAGCAUGGUACGGCUGACCAACAGCGUGACAUCAGGGACCGCUUCAUGUCCCGAGGAGAUGAUGGCAACUCUUUCUUGGUAUCCUUGACCAAGGACCAGUUCGGCAACUACGUCCUCCAAACCCUCCUCAGUGAGCUGCAAGGCCAGGAUAGGGAUGUCCUGGUCAAUGAGGUGAGACCGCUUCUUGCAUCCAUCAAGAAGAUGUGCACGGGCAAGCAAAUUGCCGGAGUUGAUCGCUUGCACAACGCCAUCACCAGCUACACACCUUCGUCGACGGCCCCGACUUCUCCUGGCCUUCACGUCGACGUGAGCUCGGCGGUGCCAACUCCAAACCUCACGAUGGGCCCGAACAGCCCUUCAAGCAGUCCGCCAAGCACUAGCGAGAGUGCCGUCGAGGAGACGAUUGGUCAGACGGAUGCCAAACCUGCCGCGACAGACGCAACGGUCAACAUUCAGGACCAGGCCGACGAGGUCUAACUCUUCUCUACCGGUGGCAUAGUGCCAUGUCUAUCCCCAAGCUUCUCUUCGCCUUGCCUUCCUUUCACCGAUAUUGCGAUUUAAUCUUCGGCCCUUUUGGGCCCUACGCUUUUCCGUUGAGAUUUUGGUCCUUUACCCACAUGGACAGGCACUUUGCUCAUUACAUUGCACACCUCGGGCGCCUCGAUUACUCCGCACUCUUAAUUCUUCACCAAAACAUGUUUUGGUUCUGUAUAUCUGGAAAGCGCGCCUUGGAUUGCCACCACGGGUUCCAUCUGCUCAAAUGGGUUUCAUCUCUGCCUUUUGAUCUAUUGGCGAAUGGGGGCUUUCUUUUCAUCGUUCCAUACCCGAGCAUACCGCAUACACUCACCACCUUUAUACGGCAAUUACGGUCAGUCUUCCCGAAACACACAAACAACACAUUUACAGGGAAUAGACAUGGACAAAAGGAUACCCAACAUGACGUUUUUCUUUUUCUUUUGCUUUCCUCGUACUUUACGUACCUAGGUUUCGGAAUGGGAAGUGGGAUGCGACGCCGACUUUUGUGUCGUGGGCUUGCGGUUAUGGGUUAUGGGGCUUGGGCUUGCUUUUCUCAUUUGGAGGAGCCAUAGUAGUAACACCCAACACAUGAUGUUUGUCAGAGUGGCUGGGUGUCGUUGAUGGCUGGUUAGCUUCCAAAUGAUGUUUGUUAUUACUUUGCUGUGGUUUUUUUUCUCUUUCAGAUGUGUUUUUAUUUUUCUUUCUUUGCUAUUUAAAACCUUUCCUCUCAUGGUCGUUGAGGGGAAAACAAAUAUCGGGGACAACCGAACCGGGACAUAUCGUACGAACACACACACCGACAGCUUACAUGGAUGGGUUGAUGAGAUGUUUUUGAUUUUAUUUGUCUUGUGUUUGAAAGCGUGGAGUUUAUUUGCUUUUUAUGUGUUUUUGAAACCAAAGUUUAUUUACACUCCUUUUUCUGUGUUUAAAAUCAUGCGUUGAACUUGUUGUUGUUGCUGUGGCAGGGGUGGUGGUCUUGUUUAUGGCGAUGUGGUUUGUGUAAUUUUCCCCCCAUCUCUUUUUCUUGUCUUUACCACAAAGGGGGUUUUCUCGUUGAUAAAUACAACAACAACAACAACAACAAUAACAACAACACAAUAAAUAAUGGCGCGAAUUGUACUUUUUCGUUGUUGAGGCGAAAAGGGAGUUAUAGCGAAGGAGGAGCUAUGGGUUACUUGGGCGAACG